AUGUAUAUGUAACUCAAUGUUAUUAUUGUGAACCAUUUAUACAUUGUGAAUAGAACAUUUGUAACUAACUAAUUGUAUACCUCAAUAGAUUCCAAUUACAUUCAAUACAUCUCUAUUACAAUUAUCAUUAUUACAUCACAAUAACAUUUUCAUGUAUCAGCAAUCAUAUUGAAUAGAAGAAAAAGUAAACUAUUUCUUAUUGGAAUCUAUAUGAUUAUGAUCUAUUCUAAUUUAUCCAUUAUCUUGUUUAUUUGUAUUCUAUUAUAUACAACAAAUGGUAAUCAACAACAUAUUCAAUCUAUAAAUGUAAAUAAAACUCAUUCCACUCCUGGUAACCAUAAUAAUGAACAAAUUGAAAGUGAAAUUGUUGUUGUCAAAUGGGAAUUUCAUGAAUUUGAAAUUCAUAUUGCUGUUAUGGUAUUUUUAUUAAUUAUGAUCUUAAUUAAAAUGGCCUAUCAUCGUAUUCCAUAUAUAUCUAUUUAUAUACCAGAAUCAUUUGUAUUAAUUAUCAUUGGUAUUAUAUUUGGUGCAAUUGUACGUUAUGGUAUUGAUCAAGGGAUUAAUAAUAAAACUGUAUGGAAAUUAACUCCUGUAUUAUUUUUUACUUAUUUAUUACCACCAAUUGUAUUAGAAUCAGCAUAUAGUUUAUAUAAUAGAACAUUUAGUGAAUAUUUAGGUGUUGUAUUAAUCUUUGCUGUUAUAGGUACUAUAUUAAAUUUUUUAAUUAUUGGUUUUGUUAUGUAUGGAAUAUAUAAAAUGAAUGGUUUUGGUCAACCACAAUUAGAUAUGGAUAUUAAAGCUUUUUUAUUAUUUAGUUCAUUAAUUGUUGCUGUAGAUCCUGUAGCUGUUUUAGCUAUAUUUCAAGAUAUUGGCGUUGAAUUAGGUUUAUAUUAUAUUGUAUUUGGUGAAUCAUUAUUAAAUGAUGCUGUUACUGUCGUAUUAUAUGAUAUUAUGGAUGCAUUUACUGGUAAAGAGAUUGUCACUGGUAAAGAGAUUGGUAUUGGGAUUGCAUCAUUUUUUACUGUUAGUUUUGGUGGUUUAUUAAUUGGUUUAUUAUUUGGUAUUAUAACUUGUUUAAUAACACGGAUUAAAAGUCGUUUAAAUGCUUUUAGUUUAUUAUUAUUAGCAUAUUUUUCAUAUAUUAUGGCUGAUUGUGUUGGUUGGUCUGGGAUUAUCUCAAUGAUUGGUUGCGGUUUAAUACAAGCAGCAUAUGCAUUUCAUAAUUUAGAUAAACAUUCUAUUACAAUGGUUAGAAAUUUAACUAAAGUUGUAUCAGAAAUGAGUGAAUCUGUUAUAUUUUUAUUCUUAGGUAUUGAAGUUGUAUCUAUUAAAUUAGUAUGGCAUACAGGUUAUAUAUUAUGGGGUUUAAUAUGGUGUUUAAUAGCUCGUGCUAUAGUUGUAUUUUUAAUUACUGCUAUUGUAAAUUAUACAUCAUUAUCGAAUACACAAAUUACAUUUACUCAACAAAUUGUAUUAAUUUAUGGUGGUUUACGUGGUGCUGUAGCAUUCUCAUUAUCUGUAUUAAUCUUACCAAAUAAACUUGGUCCAAAUGGUUUAUAUAAUAGAGAAUUGAUUAUUACAACUACAUUAUUUAUUAUCUUAUUCACUGUUGGUUUCAUGGGUAUUACCAUGAAACCCUUAGUAAAACUAUUACGUAUACGUAUGGAAAGUAAACAAAUGUUAAGUUUAUUUGAUUCAUUAAAUGAUAGUAUUAUUGAUGAAACAUUAGCUGGUAUUGAAUGCCUUAUUGGGACAAUUGGACGUAAUGCUAUACGGGAUUUAAUACAACGUUUUAAUGAACAAUAUUUACGUAAAUUAUUACAACGUGAUACAGAUAUAUAUAAUCAAAAAAUGUUAAAAAUUUAUGAAAAAAUUGCAUUGAAAAUGCAUCAUGCUACUAUGCGUCCUAGUAAAACAGAAUUAAUAUUAAAAGAUUUACCAGAAACAUUAAAAACACGUUUUAUUACAUCCCAUUUAUCCACUUUAUCCAUACCUAGUUUAAUGAAUGGUAAUUUAUCCAUGUUAAAUUUAUCAAAUAUGAAUAAAAUAGAAUUAAGUAAACAAUCAAUAAAAGAUAUUGAAUCGAAUGGUAAUCCUACUACUACUACUACUACUACUACUACUACUACUAAUACUACUAAUAAUAAUGUAACACGUAGACGUUUAUCUACAUUAACCAAUGAUAUAAAUAUAACACCAGAUGUUAAACAAGCAUUACGUUAUUCACGUAGACCAAGUAUAGCACCAAAAGAGAAAAGACAAUUAGAUUUUGAUGAAGCAUUAUUAGAUGUUAUGAGAUCGCGUAGUCUUGCUUUAAAGCAUUUAAAACGAUCAACUAUUGAUUCCGAUAUGAAUAAUCAAGAUAAAAUUAAUUUUAAUGGAACACAUAAUAAAGCUUAUUUAACUGAAGAAGAUGAAGAAAUUGAAGAGAACUACAAUGAAGGACAAGAUGAUGAUAUUGAUAAAUUGAAAGCACUUAUUAAAGCUGAACAAAAUAAACAAAUUUAUGAUAAUAAUGAAUUAAAGAUGAAAUCAAAACAUGAUGAUAAUGAUCAGGAAAAGGAGAAAGAGACGGAGAAAGACGAAGAAGAUAUCAAUAUGGCGAAAUCAGUUAAAUUCAUUAUUGAUGAUAAUGAUAAUCUAAAUGAGACUAUUCAUCGUUUAUAA